CCAACAGGUUUUCUUCACUUUGUCACUCUCUCACUCCUGUCCAUUUUACUUCCCUUCCACUCCAAAUGAAACCUUCCUUGCUCUCCUAAACCACUUCCCACCUCCCCAAUAUCCCCAAUCACAGCUAUGCCAUCAUCUCCCAAAUUCUUCAAUGCGCGCACCCCGUCGCCGGCCAUGCUCCCCACCAGGUCAACGGUCCUGAUCUUCUCCGCCCUCCUCGUCUUCGCCAUCGUCUCUUUCCUCUUCGCCCUCUCCUCUUUCCUUUCCUCCGAUGGAUCCGGUUACCGAUGCCGGAGCUCCGACCCGAGAUCCGUCCGGGUUCUUUGGGACAGAGCAGGGAAUGGGAAUAAUGGUGUUGCCGGUGGAGAUGACGAUAAUGGGACGAAGAGGCAUAAAGUUAUGGGCUUUGUUGGGAUCCAAACCGGGUUCGGUUCGACCGGUCGGAGACGGUCCUUGAGGAAAACUUGGAUGCCUUCGGAUCGUCAAGGCCUUCAACGGUUGGAAGAAGCAACAGGAUUAGCUUUUAGGUUUAUAAUCGGUAGAACAAAUGACAAGUCAAAGAUGGCGGAGCUGAAAGAAGAAGUUGCAGAAUAUGAUGAUUUCCUGCUGUUAGAUAUCCAGGAGCAGUACAGUAAGCUUCCAUACAAAACGUUAGCAUUCUUCAAAGCUGCGUAUGCACUCUUUGAUUCUGAGUUUUACGUCAAAGCUGAUGAUGAUAUAUAUUUGAGGCCAGAUCGACUAUCACUUCUAUUAGCAAAAGAACGUUCUCACUCGCAGACUUACCUUGGAUGCAUGAAAAAGGGGCCAGUAUUUACUGAUCCAAAAUUGAAAUGGUAUGAGCCACUAUCCUAUCUACUUGGAAAGGAAUACUUUCUUCAUGCCUAUGGUCCAAUAUACGCUCUUUCAGCAGAUGUUGUUGCAAGUUUGGUUGCUCUGAGAAACAACAGUUUUCGGAUGUUUAGUAAUGAAGAUGUUACAAUUGGUGCAUGGAUGCUUGCAAUGAAUGUUAACCAUGAGGACAACCGAGCAUUGUGUGAGCCAGACUGUACGGCAUCAUCUAUUGCUGUCUGGGAUAUCCCCAAAUGUUCAGGAUUGUGUAAUCCAGAGACGAAGCUAUUGGAACUCCAUCAGAAGGAUGCCUGCUCGAAUAGUCCGACUUUGCCAUCCGAUGAUGAUUAGCUUUCUUAGCCUUGAACUUACACGGGUUUUGUCCAACUUGAGAAGAUGUUUCUGAGAAUUGCUGGCUCUACCAAGUUGAUCUUGCUGCCACCAGACAUAUCUAAGCUUCCCUUUCCUUGUUCAAUUAUCUCAAGCCAUUUUUGUCGUCCACAAUUUCUUUUUUUUUUUUGUGUGUAGUGUAACAUAUAAAUCUUUUUUCACCGACGAUGUAAGUUGCCGAGAGAUUUUUACAUUACCAUUCUUUUUAAAGAUUAAAAUGAAAACUCACUUACCUGGUUCCAUUA